AUGAUGGCGCGUGUGGUGGUGCUUUUCUCGGGCUUAAUUCUGACGUCAUCGGCUGGCUCAUUAGCGGACCAGCUGUGCUUCAGGGACCCGACAUCUUUAUUCUGUCAGGAGAGAGCGAAUGGACAGCGGAAUCGAAGUGAGCCGAUACUGUUAUCCGGCGAAGACUCGGCAUUUCUUCGGUUGGCUCGCGAAGCGCAUGAUGAUCCGUCCUGCCCCACCCUAAAAGAAGAAUACGACAACGCAUGCUUCACCAUCCCCCCAGUACAAGCCCUGAUGGAAACCAAGGGGUUUUGCGAUGCUUUUGUCGACAUGUGCAGCGAAUUAUUGAAGACGAAUCUUUUUACGCGGAUCAGAGGCUUCCGACUCGAUUUCACAAGAUAUUGCAAGAAGGAGAAGGAUAGGUUCCAAUUUGUCUGCCCGGACCCUCUACGGUUUCACAGCUACGCACAAGAUGCCGUCGAGUUUUGCGUAAGAUGCCCUGAAGCGGAAGUGCCGAGCAAGCCGAUUCCAUUCCCAAAGAAAACCGACCACAUCUUCACCCGCGAAAUCAAGCAGUUCUGCGACAAAUUGGCCAACUUUGCCGCAAACUACUGUACAAAUCCGGAUAUUUUACGAGUCCCCAGAUAUCAAUACCCCUGCGGGAUCUACAAGUACAAGUGUAUUGACGUGUACACUGAAGUCAUCUAUGGAUGGGGCCGA